GAAAACGGGAAGCGCGCUCCCAUUGGCUGCUGUACCUGCUGAAUAUUGAAUAGUUGUAAUUUGCAAACUGGUGUCUUCAGAACAAAGUCGAACUAAUAGGAGAAGGAAGUAGAAUAGCUUUCGCAGGUUAAUUAUUAUAAAGAGGAAUACUGUAUUUUUCAUUUUUGUUCUUAUCUCUUCCGAAAUUAACUAAAGAAAAACAAAAAUGCCCCUGGGGCUCAGAGGGAAAAAGAAGCCCAAGUCGAAGGAGAACUCGAAAUUGGUUGAAAACGAGGAGCUUGGAGAGAGGGGAGGAUUGGCCGGGGGAAGCACACGUAAAGCCGCAACUAGUAAUGGAGCUGGCCUGCCUCCUCCGCCUGUCAACCUGCGCCCCAAACUGGUGUUCCACACGCAGCUGGCACACGGCAGCCCCACGGGCAGGAUCGAGGGGUUCACCAGCGUCAAAGAGCUCUAUGGGAAAAUAGCUGACGUUUUUCACUUAUCUGCCUCAGAGAUCUUGUUCUGCACAUUGAAUACACAUAAAAUUGAUAUGGACAAACUCCUGGGAGGACAGAUUGGCCUGGAAGACUUUAUAUUUGCACACACUAAAGGGAUUAAAAAAGAGGUGGAAGUCUUCAAAUCUGAAGACGCCUUGGGGCUCACCAUCACAGACAAUGGGGUUGGAUAUGCAUUCAUAAAGCGCAUCAAGGAAGACAGCGUAGUGGACAAAAUCAAAGUGAUCGGUGUUGGGGACCACAUAGAAUGUAUCAAUGGGACGAAUAUUGUCGGCACCCGGCAUUAUGAGGUGGCCAAGAUGCUAAAAGAGCUUCCAAAGGGAAAGGCAUUUACAUUAAAGCUUGUGGAGCCAACAAAAGCAUUCGAAAUGAUUGAGCCGAGGUCAAGAGGAGGUAAAAUGGGAGGAGACACUAAAAUUGGCACCGGACGAGGGACAUUAAGACUGCGGUCCAAAGGUCCAGCUACAGUGGAAGAUGAACCAACAGAAUUUGAAGAAAAAGCUGUCAAAAAGGUGGAUGAUCUAUUGGAGAGUUACAUGGGAAUCAGAGACACUGAAUUAGCUGCCACCAUGGUGGAGGUUGGAAAGGAUAAGAAGAACCCUGACGAGUUCGCAAUGGCACUUGAUGAAGCUCUUGGAGACUUUGCAUUCCCAGACGAGUUUGUCUUUGAUGUCUGGGGAGCAAUUGGUGACGCAAAGGAGGGUCGGUUUUAACAGUGGCUGGAAAUAAUUUAAAUUAAUCAGUGUUUUUGGAGAGGGGGGGGGUUGGGGGAUUCUGACUUUAUUUUUUUUUUUUUUAAAUUUAGAGAACGCAUUUUUAUAUAGCUGAAGUACUGAAAACACUGUGGUAUUUAAACAAACAAAUAAAAACUACUAGCUAACUUUUGAGAUGUGCAUCCACAGUACUUUAAUUUUUGCUGUGUGUGUUUUUUUUUUUUUUUAAUAGAAAUGAAAUAGCUUUGCUCUUGUAAAAAACAAAAAGAAAACAUGAAGAUACAUUCACUUAGCGUAAUUCAAGGGACUUUUUGAUUGCAGCCUGCUUCUUUCAUGAGGAAGCCAGAAAAUAAUUGAUGUCAAUUUAAGUAACUGUGAAACUGAACAUGCCACCGUUUCUCUGUGUUCUUGUAAUCCAAGCGCUGCUGUGUCAGAGCACCGAUACGUUGUUUUCUAAUGAUUCACGUAGUGGUAAUUUGCAGUAAUAACAACCAUGAAAACAAUAUUUCAGGGGUAUCAGGCCUGUGCCUUAACUGUGUGGAAUAGAACAUUCCAUUAAGAAUUCAUUAAAAAACUUUGUUAAAUCUGUUCUAAAUAGAACAGCAGAUUCUAAGAUUAGAAUGGAAUGAUGUACAAUAAAGUAGCAAUCCUUCUACAAA